AUGAAUAAUUGCGCCAGGACAGGAGGACGACUGUUCAAAACGAGAGUGAUAUGCUCAAAUUUCGCUCUUAUUAAAGCGAUGGGGCUACCGCUACUCCACCGGUGCACUCAGGACGAAUCUGGAUUUCCACAUAUGAACAGGCGAACAUGCUCAAGAUUAAGCAAUGUGAUUGGCUCGCCAGAUUUGUAA